UCAGAUAAAAUAAACAUCCUUUUGUAUAAUUUGUUUAACAAAGCUAAAACUUUGCAGAAGAUGAUUGCAGAAAAAAUGAGAAAAAGAAGAGCACAGCUUCAAGCAUCUUUAAGAGCAUCAGGCAACGAUGACCACGAUCAAUCCACAAGUUUGCAAGCUCCGAUAAUUAAUAAUUUAAAUCCAGCUCUAAGUGAAUCAGAGGAUGCAAUGAAUGACUUGGUGCAUAGAAGAAGUCAAUAUUUAACAGAGAAUUUAGGUACAAAAGAAGUGAGUUCAGUUAAUGCAGACAGUGUUGUGGCUUCUGAAGAUUCUUCACCUGCAUCUCCUAGCAAUGAUCGUGCUGGUUCAUUAUCAGUAAGUAUGAGCAUGUCUGUUAGAGAAAGACUUCGUAAUCGUGUCAAGAAGCAAAGCAUUGAUCUAAACUCAUCAAGUCGUAAAUUACGUGGUUUACGAGAUAGGCUUUUGCCUAAUAGAUUUGAUGAAUCUGCUGCUACAGCAAUUAGCAUGGCUUUAAAAGAUGAGCUUGAUCCAUACUUUCUAAAAGAAAGCAUAGCUGCAACAAAAGAAUGGAAGAAAGAUAAAUUUAAAAAGGCCAGUGGUUAUGUAAGUGCAGAUGUUGCUUUACAGUUUUUUAUUGGAGAGAUAGAUGGAGAAGUGGAGAAAAAGGAAGAAACACUACCUACAUUUGGUGAAGUAGCCAUUGACAUUGAGGAUAGCUCUUUAAUUUUAAAUGCUAAACCUGUUUAUCAGGAUACAAAAGAUAGAUUGUUAUUAGAAGAAGGAAUGUAUCAUUUUCCUUCCAGUAUUCCUACGAGCCAAGAAGCUAAACUUAUAAAAGGAGGCAUUCCAAGAAAUUUACAGUCUGAGGGUUUUUAUGUUGGAGUUGCACCAAAUGUACCUUUGUCAACAUUAUAUAGGAUGGAAAAUCGCAUUCUCUUGAGUGAUAAAGAUAACAAAAGUUGGUUUAAUGAAGAUGGAAGCUUGAAAAGAUUAGCUAACCCUUUAAAAGAGAGUCUUGUACGUGAAACUAUAACAGAUGAAGAUGAAAUUAAUCCUCUCUUAAAUCUUCAAUGGGGGAAGGCUGAGUCCACCACGUUUAACUCUCAAUAUAUCGAUGAAAAAGGCUUACACUAUUAUCAAAUCGAUAUUGAUGUCUCAAUGAUAAAGUUUUCACAUCAACCUUUGUUUAGUUUGGAGCAUGUAUUGGAAUCUAAAUUGAUUCAACUUUAUAACCAGUUUAUACUUCGAGAGAAAAGUGGGUUUAAAGAGCAAAUUAACAACAGGUUAGAAGCAUUAUGUGCAUCAAAGGACCAAUUAAAAGCUGAAAUUCAAAAUGAAAUUGUUGAAAAAAUUAUAGAAAAAAAUAAUAAUCGCAUUCACAGCAUUCAAUGUGAAAUUUGUGAGCUGUUUAAAAAAAAAAGAAGCGAGGAAGUGCGAGAUAGACAAUUGUUAAUUAACAUAAUAGAGACAUGGCAAACAUUAAAAAAACUUCGUGAAACACAAGGAUAUACUAAUACUCCAACUAUGUUAAAAAUUAUGAAGGAGUCUACAGACAAAGAAACAGAUGAAAAAAAAAUAAUUUUAGAGAUAAAAGAACAACUGGAGUCAGAAAGAGCUAUGUAUGUAGAACAGCAUAAAAAUGAAAUUGAAUAUUACAUGAUACAUUUGCUUCAAUGGAAACGUUAUAAAAAACAAAAGAAAAAAUUGUUAAAAAGUACAACAGCUGCAAACGUAGAAAAUCUUGUUAAACUUGCUGAUUUAGAAGUUGAAAAACCAAUAAAACCAAAAGAUUUUGAUGAAGAAAAUUCAAGAAAUCUUAUACUUGAUCAUAUGAGAAAAUAUCACAGAAAACCUGGUGAACCUAUAUUAACACCAUUUCUAAACCAUGGAGCAAUAAUAACUCCUACUGAGAAAUGUCCAAGUGGAGAGCAGCAGCGUCGGUCUGCGAUGAAAGAUUCAAAAUUUAUUGUAAAAGUACUUUUUAACAAUCAGGAGGUAUCUAAAACAUCUGUUCGCAGCUUAUCCUCAGACUUUAUUGUGUAUUUUGGUGAGAUAUUAGCUAUUAAAAUACUUCAAUGGCCAGAGAGCAUAAAAUUACAGAUAUAUGAAGUUCCAGCAAUGUUUCUUUUAGCAGAGUUGUUUGCUAUUCUUCCAGAGAUAGGAGCAAUAAAUUCACUAUCUACAUUAGAACAAUUAGAAUUUAGUAGUGAUCAAGUAAUACAGUUCACACAUAAUGGAGUGGGUAGUGGUGUACCAUGUCAACUAGGAGAAAAUACUGUUAUUCCUCUUACAUCUGGUAUACUUUAUACUUCUGCAAAUUGGGGUUUAGAUGAGAAUGGGCUAAGCAUGGCACCACCUGUGAGUGCUACCAAUAGAAAUGUCAAUUUUGCAGCUAUUAAUAAAGCUGGGAAAAUAGAUCUUCAAAAAUUGUUGUCCUGGAUAAGCAAUGCUAAACUUGAUCCUAAUGAUCCUACUAAUGCAGAAAUUCUAAGUCUUGCCAAGAUGGCUCGUGUUUCACAGUUUGACAAUAUAACUGGUCCCCAAUAUUUUCGCUUAAAUCAGCUAGAAAAGGAGACUGAGAUUGUUAGUAAAAAGGAUAUUGAUAAUAAUAAACGUUUUACUUUGAUUAAACUACGAGAUGAAGGAGUGCCAGAGCUUAAGCACUACCAAAUGAUACCACCAUAUGAAUCACUUGUUCCUGAAGAUGUUUUUGAAGAGUAUGAAAAUAGAAUUAAUAUGGUUAAUGAAGAUGACAAUGAAGAGUAUAAUCAAAGAAAAGCAGUCUCAAUGUUUCUUGCUAAGGUGAGAGAACAAGUUUAUAAUAGGUCUCAAAUAGCAAAACGUCAAUUAAGUCUAGAAGAUGUGGUUGUUGAGGAAGCAAUACCGGAUAUUGGGUCAUUGGGCGCUCGAAUUAAAAAAAUGACAGAAACUCGUCGUCCUUUACUUCCUGUUAGAAAAGAACGUAAAAAAAUUGGAGGUCAGAAUCUUGCCAUUGGAAGUAAUGUUAAAGUACUAAUAAACAUUGUGAGAGCUUUCAACAUACCAAUACGUGUUGAAUCUUCAACUAAUCAAUUGGAGGGUCAUAUCACUGAAAUUGGUAGCCCAGUUCGAAAUUCUGGAUACAAUCCAGCUACAACAGAAAUCAAGUCUCUUGUGCGACCUUUUGUUGAAGUUAUGUUCCAAGGAGUAUUUUUGCGCACCAGUGUUGGUGAAGGCGCAUGGCCCAACUGGAAUGAAGAUUUAAUAUUACCAUUCAAACCACCAAAUAAUGAUUAUUCUUCAGAUUCUCUUCAUUUGGUAAAAGAUAAAAUUUUCAUUAACUUAUUUGAUGAAGUCAUGAUAGACCUUCUACUUGAUCAACGUGAGCGAGAAACAAAUAUUCAUCAGAGAGUUGAAAAACGUUGGUUGGGUAGUGUUGAAGUACCAUUUUCUACUGUUUACUUUAAUUCAAAAGUAGAUGGUUUUAUUGAGAUAAAUACACCGCCUAUCUUGCUUGGAUAUAGGUGCGAUUAUGACAAAAAUAAAGAAAGCCAAUUGAUUAAACAUAAAACACUUAUUCAAUUAUUUAUUACAAUUGAACCUCAGCUGCAGCCUGCUCCGAAUCUCCCAGAAAAAUUUGAAACUAAUGAAGAUGAUAUGCUUGUUCAUAACAGCCAGAUUUGGUUAGCAGAACUGAGAAAUAAGUUUCCAAGACGCAAUUACAAAGCAAUGGUCACUGACAUAGUUGGAAAGAAAGUUUUUUUGUCUAGAUUUAUUCGUCGUCAGAAACCCCCUGAUGAACUGAUGUUAGAUGAAAGUGUUCCAAUAUCUCAAAAAAUUAAGUUAUUAUCAAGAUUUGUCUCACUUAUUCCGUUUAUUUCUGAUUCGGUUCAGUUCCCUGAUAUUUGUGAUAUAUGGACAACUUCAGAUCAAUUUUUGCAAAUGUUAUCUGGUGAUGAAGAAGAGCAUGCAGUCCUGCUAUGCAAUUAUUUUCUUUGGCUAGGUCUGCGAGCUUAUUUGGUGCUAGGAAGCGGGGUUCCAGAAGGUUCAACAGCGUAUGUUUUGUGUGAAGAAAUGAAUACUUUUUGUUUAUGGAAUGCUAGUACUGGAGAAAGUUAUGAAUUACAGAACACAUAUUGCCCUUUGAUUUCUAUUGGAACUCUUGUAGAUGAUAGAAAUAUAUUCGCUAAUAUUCAAAAUGAGGAGCAUCCAUCAAAACUUAACUUUGAAAUAACAAACCAGAAAUAUUGGCGUCCAUUUUUUAGCAAAACUUUUCCUUACCCUGGUUUAGGGUCUGUUCAAGAAGAAAUGCUAGUUUAUCAUCCAAUAGAUCAACAAUAUGCUCUUGACCUUUCAGAUAAGCUUGAACGCCUUCUUCGAGAUAAGCUUAUGGAAUGGCGCCCAAGAUUCAUAACUAAGUUUAACAGGUUUUGUACACAAACAUUUAAGACUCUUCUUCUCAGUAUGGAAUCGAGAAUAGUAAUUUCGGGAACUGACGACCAUGGUUUACCUUUGCAACAGUUUUUAUCUUCACAUGAGCUUAUUGGAUUUUCUCUUCAAAUGCCUUAUACCGAUUCAUCGACAAUUGUAGACCGGGUUUAUGGCACCGGUGUUCAUAAUUCGGAUGAUCCUGAUAUUGAAUUUGCACUAGCUGUUCAUGUACAUCCCUAUCCUAGUGGUGUUCUUGCUAUUUGGAUAUAUAUAGGGCGACUUGUACGAAAAAAAUAGCUCAUUGAUUUCAGAAAAUGUUUUUUUUUUUAGUUUGUUUAAAAAAUGUAUUAUUCAACAUAUAUUUAUUAUACCCAAUUGUUUUAUUUAAUAUAUUGUAUAUAGUAUACAUUUAAUUGACAAAUUACUUACGAUUUAACAGUAUUAACUGCUUGCUGUAAAA